CAUUAUUCCAUGUUUGUUGUGUUCUUUGCAGAUUUUUUCUAUUUUGUACAUACAGAGUUUUGUAUAUACUGUAUAUGAUGAGCUCGCUGGGCGGCGACAAGGCCCGGGGCCCUCGGGAAAAAACGCUGCCUGCUGCCACUCACACAUCUCAACCACAGAAACAGAUACAGGCUACUGCUGAACAGAUUCGGCUUGCCCAGAUGAUCUAUGACAAGAAUGAUGCUGACUUUGAGGACAAAGUUAACCAGCUGAUGGAAGUGACUGGGAAGAACCAGGAUGAGUGCAUGGUAGCACUCCAUGACUGCAAUGAGGAUGUUAGUAGAGCCAUUAACUUCCUUUUGGAGAGCACCUCUGACAUGACCUCCUGGGAGACAGUUGGGAAGAAGAAGCCCCUGGUUAAGGAGGGUCCAUCAGAAGGCAAGGAGAACAAAGAGAACAGGGAGAAGAAAGGAGAGAGGGAGGCGAGCAAGGGCCGUGCGGCAGCCAUUCGCAAGGGCAAGGGAGCCAGCCGCAGCCGACAGGGCCGUCCAGAGGAGAACGGCGUAGAGAUGACACCAGUGGACAGAGGUUCAGAUCGAGGUCGGAGGGUCAGAGGUGGAAGAGCAGGAUCUGGAGGCCGAGGCCGAGGCAGAGCACCAGCAGGGAGCCGGUUCUCAGCCCAGGGCAUGGGGUAUGGUGACAACACACAUGCAGCACAUUCAAGGGACUCUUCCGCCAAAAGGACCUUUAAUCCUGCAGACUAUACCUCAGAGGCUGGUACUGGGACCACACAGAAUGAGUCAUGGGACACGGUGGCCGACAACAGCACAGAUGGUACAGUUACUGGUACCUGGAGGAAUACUUUGGAUGACUGGACAGCUGAGGAUUGGAGUGAAGACGUUAGUCUCUCAGAGACCAAAGUAUUCACAUCCUCAUGUGCUCCGCCUUCUGAGAAUCACAUCACACCUGGGAAAAGUCUGGACCUCGUCUCUCUGCUGCAGAAGCCAGUGGGUGGAGGAAGAGAGCCCCCUUCAUCCUCUUCCUCGCAGAGUCUGGUCUUCACCAACUCCCACCACCACCACCACCACCAGCCUCCGCCGCAGCAUCAGCAGCCACCUCCAAGUCGCGCCGCCACUAGUAGCACAAGCUACGCGCAUGCAGCUCUGUCAUCAGUUCUGGGAGCUGGUUUCGGGGACUUGGGCCAGGCCAAAAGGACUCAACCCAGCGCUGGAGCUCAGAUACUGGAGCAGCUGAAGGGUCCUGGCUUGGGGCCAUUACCUUCAUCCCAGGCUGCACCUCCAGCCAGCACCCAAGGAAGCAGCACCUCUAUUGGCCGACUGCCAGUCCUUGGAGGAUCUUUACCUCCGCCCUCCACAUCUAGCUGGGACAUUAAGGCUUCAGAAUCCAACUCGCUGACCUCACAGUUCAGUCGUGAAUUUGGCCUGCAGCCUGAGCCGUCUCUUGUGCUGAGCCAGCUGGUUCAGAGGCAUGCCGCUCCUUCCUUGCCUCUGGCACGACAAGCAAGCCCGCCAUCACAACAACAGGUAGCCCCCGUUUCAGCCUCACAUGCUCCGCAGCACAGCAGCACACCCUCACAGGCAGGCCCGGUGAUGGCUGCUGCCGGUGCUAAACCUCCUGCUCCCAGUGCAGGGCUGGACCCUCAGGGCAGCACUACACCGCAGCAGCAACGGGCAGCACUAAAAGGCCAGAAAAGAAGGAUACCUCCCACAUCAAAGAUCCCCUCCACGGCAGUAGAGAUGCCAGGCUCAGCUGACAUCCCUGGGCUGAACUUGCAGUUCGGGGCUCUAGACUUUGGCUCAGAGUCGGCAUUGCCAGAGUUUGGAGUUGUGGAUAAUUGUGCAGUUUCCAGGGAGUCCACACCGGCCCCCGUCUCAGCACCAACUGCACCAGGGACACAGAGCCAGACAAGCCUGUACUCCAAACCACUGAGUGAGUCGCUGGGCAGCCCUCUCUCCGUCGCCCUGCCCCUCCCCCUCUCAUCAUCCGAGCCAGUAUAUCACUCCUCCGCGGUGGCAUUAUCCAGCCACCCUCCCUCUUCAUUAGGGACUGUUGGCUCCACCAAUCAUCCCUCCUCUUCUUCCACAGUCUCUACCACUUCCUCCUCUGUACCCCCUUCCUCUCACUUUUCCUCGGUGGGUGGGAGUUACGACGGGGCCAUGCCACCUCACACGAGACUGGCCUUCUCCCAGAGCAAAGACACCUCAGGGCCAGUCAUGAAUGGUAUGAAUGGUGUAAGGACCUCCGCUGUUCUAGACACUUCUUCAGCGUCCUCCACGCCGAAGCCAGACUCGCCGUCAAUGAACAUCAGCAGUAACGGUUCCUCAGCACCCUCCUCACACUUAUCCUCAUCCCUACCUGCACACAGCUCCAGCACACUCUCAAGCCUGGCACAAGACCUGCCCUCAGUCAGCCAGCUCAACUCACUCAACAGCCAUGUCAACAGUCAUUCCUCAGUCUCAGCUCUGGGCUCCAGCUCCCUCACUUACACGAGCGUUGACAACAGCAGUGUAAGCUCUCUGGCUCCCUCCUCUGGCUCGUACACAUUAUCGCAGCCCCCUGCUUCAGCACUCCACUCAACCCACAACAGCAGCAACAGUAGCAGUGGCAUCAGCCACCUGGCCAACCUGCCCAACAUGGGCAACAACAUGAGCCACACAGUCGGUGUUCUCGCUGGCACCGCUGGACUUCACUCUGUCGCUGCCACCAGUGCAGCGCUGGGACUCGGCUCCAAUGGAGCUACUUCCGCGUCCAAUCUUUCUGCACCAAGGACCACACCCCUGCUCUCCUCCUCUGCUGGUAAAGCUCCUCCUAACCUGUCCCAGGGAGUGCCUCCUCUACUGCCUAACCAGUAUAUUAUGGGCCCAGGGGGGCUACUGCCAGCAUACCCACAAAUCUAUGGCUAUGAGGACCUCCAUAUGCUCCAGUCAAGACUGCCAAUGCCCUCUUUGCAGGAUUUCUAUGGAAUCACAUUCCCCGGCCCCGCUGCAACUCUCUCGGGCAGAGAUGGGAGCCUAACCAACAACCCUUACUCAGGUGAAGUCACUAAGUUCGGCAGGAAUGACUCCACCUCCCCAGCUCCCCCUACAAGCCUCUCAGCUCCACAGCCUCCCCAGGGUCAGAGCCAAGGACAGAGCCAGGCCCAGCCUCAGCCUCAACAGGCCCAGCCUCAGCCGCAGGGUCAGCCGCAGCACCACAGCAGUCAGCAGGCUUUCCUUCCUCCGGGCUACAGUUACACUGGCCUGCCUUACUACCCAGGGGUCCCCGGUGCUGUACCAAGUGCUGCUGCCUUCCAGUAUGGCCACACUAUGUUUGUUCCUCCUGGGGGGCCAGCCUCAGCCAAGCAGCACAGUAUGGGUCUCGGUCUGGGAAACCCCUCUGCUAGCCCCUUCCAGCAGCAGACCCAGCAGCAGCCAAGCGGCUAUGGCCAGCACACCUUCAGCUCAGGGUAUGAAGAGCUGACAGCAGGGCCAGCAGGAGUGGACUACAGUAAAGGAUACAACUCCUCCUCACAGGCACAAGCCAAAUCUGCUGCUUCUGGGCCUGGCAAAGGCGUCUCGGUGACGUCCAGUAACUCUGGUGUGCCAGACAUCAGUGGAAGUGUUUACAAUAAGACCCAGUCUUUUGAUAAGCAGGGUUUCCAUGCGGGGACCCCUCCCCCCUUCAGCCUGCCCUCAGCACUGGGGGGUCCAGGGCCUCUGAACCCUGGAGCAGCUCCUGGAGGCUAUGCACCAGCCCCAUUCCUCCACAUCCUGCCUCACCAGCAACCACACUCACAGCUGCUGCACCACCAUCUAGCUCAGGAUGGACAGGGUGGUCCGAGCCAGCGUGGCCAGUCAAGCAGCCUGCAGCAGAAGAGCCAAGUCAACAAGUCGAGCUAUGGCAGCUCUCCCUACUGGGCCAACUGAGAAGGCUACAACUUUGAUGUGUGUGCGCGCUGUGUGGAAGGACAAACACGAACACACAGCGCCACACCAACGUAUCUGACUGACAAGAUCAUAGAAGGACAAACCAUUUUACAACACAAGCUAAAACACACACUACCACCCCCCUACCCUUUACUCUGUAUAUCCCCUUUUCAAAUUUAUGGCUGUUGUAUGUAAAAUAUAUUUAUGUAUGUAUUUAUACAGUAUAUAUGUAUUGGUAGGACAUUAAAUGUGGUUUCUGCAUUUUGUUUUUAAUUUUGAAGGACAUUUUAUUUCAAAAAAAAAAAUGUUGAAAGACGAGAAUGCUAAUUCAUGGAGAUGAAGUUGGUGAAUAUACUUGAACACAAGCAUCUUGUGAUGUGGAUUUUUUUGUAUGCAUACAUGAAUCGAGGAUGAUGUACAUAGAUUCUACACAUCAUUUUCACAGCAAAGACCUUUUUUAUUUUAGAAGAAACAAGUUUUUGUAACUUUGGUCCCCUGCAUCUGUGAAUCCUUAUAUUGAGGGUGACUUCAGUUUAUAGCUUGAUUUUCUUUUUUGCCCCGUUUCCCUCCAUCUGUCUCUCAUUCCUCAACUCUUUAUAGUUGGCUGGUUUUACCAGCCAGGCCUUGGAUUUUAUGUCAUUUUAACAUUGGUUUAAUCCUUGUUGUCCAAAUUAAAAGUUAUGAACAGUU